AAUGCCAGCUGAUGAAGACCGAGAGACCGCGGCCCAACACGUUUGUCAUACGCUGCUUGCAGUGGACCACAGUCAUCGAGAGGACCUUCCACGUAGACUCUCCCGAUGAGAGGGAAGAGUGGAUGCGGGCCAUCCAGAUGGUCGCCAAUAGCCUCAAGCAGCGGGGCCCAGGCGAAGACCCCAUGGAAUACAAGUGUGGCUCCCCUAGUGAUUCUUCUGCGGCUGAAGAGAUGGAAGUGGCAGUUAGCAAGGCACGGGCCAAGGUGACCAUGAAUGACUUUGACUAUCUCAAGCUCCUCGGCAAGGGCACCUUCGGCAAAGUCAUCCUGGUGCGGGAGAAGGCCACCGGCCGCUACUACGCCAUGAAGAUCCUACGGAAGGAGGUUAUCAUCGCCAAGGAUGAAGUCGCCCACACAGUCACCGAGAGCCGGGUCCUCCAGAACACCAGGCACCCGUUCCUCACCGCGCUGAAGUACGCCUUCCAGACCCAUGACCGCCUGUGCUUCGUGAUGGAGUACGCCAACGGUGGGGAGCUGUUCUUCCACCUGUCCCGGGAGCGCGUCUUCACGGAGGAGCGGGCCCGCUUUUAUGGUGCAGAGAUCGUCUCGGCCCUGGAGUACCUGCACUCGAGGGAUGUGGUGUACCGCGACAUCAAGCUGGAAAACCUCAUGCUGGACAAAGACGGCCACAUCAAGAUCACUGACUUUGGCCUGUGCAAAGAGGGCAUCAGUGAUGGGGCCACCAUGAAGACCUUCUGCGGGACCCCCGAGUAUCUGGCACCCGAGGUCCUGGAGGACAACGACUACGGCCGGGCUGUGGACUGGUGGGGGCUGGGCGUGGUCAUGUACGAGAUGAUGUGCGGCCGCCUGCCCUUCUACAACCAGGACCACGAGCGCCUCUUCGAGCUCAUCCUCAUGGAGGAGAUCCGCUUCCCGCGCACCCUCAGCCCCGAGGCCAAGUCCCUGCUGGCUGGGCUGCUUAAGAAGGACCCCAAGCAGAGGCUCGGCGGGGGGCCCAGCGAUGCCAAGGAGGUCAUGGAGCACAGGUUCUUCCUCAGCAUCAACUGGCAGGAUGUGGUACAGAAGAAGCUCCCACCACCCUUCAAACCUCAGGUCACAUCCGAGGUCGACACCAGGUACUUCGACGAUGAGUUCACUGCCCAGUCCAUCACAAUCACACCCCCGGACCGCUAUGACAGCCUGGGCUCUCUUGACCUGGACCAGCGGACUCACUUCCCCCAGUUCUCCUACUCGGCCAGCAUCCGCGAGUGAGCAGUGCCGCCCGCCUGCCCGCCGCCGCCGCUGCCCCCAUCACCACCACCACCACCACCACCACGGACAUGCAUGGCUGCCGUUGCCGCUGGGGCGGGGGGGUUUGUCUUUUUGUUUUUUUGGUCUUUUUUGUUUGCCUCUCCAUCCCUCACCCCUUACCCCCAUUUCUAGUUUUCAGCCCUCUGCCAGACUCCUCUCAGUGGACCCCGUGGCCCUGCCUCCAGGAUCCUGUCCUGCCCUCACUUUUGCGCCCAGAUCAGGACUGGGGAGACUGCCGCUGCCCCAGGACCUGGCCUUUGGGCAGUUUGGGAAGAGUUUGGGUUUUGAUCAACACAAGCCCCAGUGAGGAGCGAAAGCCGGGGGGCCCUGCCUGCUAUCGGCCGGGCGCCCACGGCUGCCUGCUCUGUGCUGUGCCGCCCUCAGAGGUGCGGACAGUGCUCUGGGGCUGCCUUCCAUGCCUGUCGUUAGGCUCCGAGUGGCCUGGCAAGGGGACAGCCCAGCCCCCUCCCCACCCAGCAGCAGAAAAGCAGUAAUGUCCAGGCCCAGGCGGGGGCCUUUGGGAGCUGCAGGAGCCGAGGUCCAGGGCUCCCUCGGGCUGGGGUCAAUUACCUGGUGGGGAACCCAGAGCGGCCAAGGGGAUGGACGCUGCCUCCCUGUGCCCCACGCUGCUCUCCUGACCCUGUGGACGAAGUAGGAGGAACAUUUGGGGCCCAGCCUUCCCACCCCAAGCCCCGUGCCUUACCAGGGCUUCCUUCCAGCCAGCCUUACCUCCUGCUGGACCUGGGCCUGGCCCCUCCCGGAAUGGGGGCCAGGAUUGCCCCUUCUCUCUGCCUGGGGUGGAGGGGUGCCAGCCUCGGCUGUUACACAUCUCGCACCGAGACAGUAUUGGGCCCCAUGAACUUGGCUGAGGAGGGGGCAGGGAUGGGCGUCUCUGGUACGUACUGGGGUGGGGGCCUCUGAGAAGGAGGCUCCAGGCCACCCCCUCCCCCAGCCCCACGUUCUGCAGCCUUAAGGUGAACGUGUCAGUGCUAUGGGCACUCGUGUGCGUGCGUGCGUGCCUUGGAUUGUGUGCUGUUGGUGUCCUUGUGCAUCUGAGACGGUGCACAUGGGGUGUGUGUGUGCAUGUGUGCUGGGUAUGUAUGUGUGAGAGCAAGCGAGUCCCGGCCUCAAGUGUGUGGUGUGUGUGCGUAUGUGUGUGGACUCAGGCCCCUGGCCCUGACCCCAGCAUUUCUUCCCAGGGGGAGGGGCGCUGGCCUAGUGUGAGAGCCACACGUGAGGUCCACUUGCUGCCCUGUCUCUCCCCCUUCCCCACCAACAUCUCCGGGUGUUUGGAAUGUAACUUUGUGGUUUUGAUCUUCCCACCUCCUGUACUAGGUAGUUCACCGAGAGAUGUGGGGUGGGUGGGGCUGGUUUGGGGGAGGGAGGUCUCUUCUUUUUGUGUGUGUAUGUCAUUUAUCUGACAGUUCUCCCUCUUCCCCACUGGCCUUUCCCUGUUCCUCAUAUUUGUACGGUACAAGCAAUAAAGACUCUUUUCAGACCAGGCCCACCACCCUGGGCCUUUCCUUGCUUAUGGAGUGGCCCCAAGUGCCGGCUGCCUCCCGCUCCCAUUGCUGGUAGGCAGGGCCCUUUUAAGUUGUGCAGGCGGAGAAGGCGUCCUGGCGGGAGGUGGUGUCAAGCUCAGGCUGGAGAGGGAGGGGACUGCUGGGAGGGAAGCUGUUGAGUUUAGGAAACGGGGCCUGUGGUGGGGGGUGGUGGACAGAGGUCAUCCCAGGCGCUCGGAAACUGCUUAGGCAGAAAGGCGGGGAGGGCUGGGGGCGGGAGGGCCAGGUGGCUCUGAACAAGGAGGAUAUGUGAGGGGUCACUGAGCCCUGUCAGGAGUGCGAGGGGGAGCAUGUUCACUUCCCGAGGUGCUUGAGCCCUAGAGCAGGCAUUGCCCAUGCAUCUGCGUCCCCCAGCCUCCAUUGAUGCUAAACUGGGGAGCCUCGAGGCCCCUAGUUCCCCCACAGAUUCCCUGGUAUAACGGGGUUUGUGGUGGCUGUCAGCUGGGAGCACCUCAGAUUGGGUCACAGCCACUCGGUCUGGGAGUCCUCUGACAGCUGGUUCCCAUGCUGAGUCACUCUUCCCAGACCUUGGGGCCAGGGCUGCCAGGCGGCGAGCUUCAAUCCAAUUCUGCCAGCUAUUAGGGCUUCCCACACAGGAAGUUUUUGAGAUCUUAAGUGCGGGGAGCAGAAAAGUUGAGUCCAGGAAGUCUGUUACCUGCGACCAAGACUCGAAUUUUUUGGAUUUUUUCCCUAUUUCUUAUGGACAUUUUUUAAAUUAUAAAAGUAUGCCUUGGUGGUAAUCAGAUAAACAGGCUUAUGAAGAAAAGCCUUUUCUUCUCCCCUCUAGUCACAGUCUGAGGGGCCGGUGCUAGAGGGUCCUUUCAGGAACUCACUCAGCUCUCCAUGUGGCCCGUCUCUGGGGACCUGUCACAGGGACGGGCUCCUGUCAGUUAAUCAGCUGCUUCCUCCGUUGAACUCAAUGUCCUUAGAUGCAGGGUGCUUCUUACUCCUGUAGGACUUCUCCCAAACUGGGAAUUUUAGGUGAAAGAAUUUCAAUAAAAUUUUAACAAUUAGAAAAAUUAAA